CAUCUCGUUCGGCUGUUGUGAUAAUCAGAAUAUUUUUGAAAUUUUAAUAUGGAAGCAGACGAUGAAGAUACAAAGCCAGAAGUGACUGUGGCGUCUAAGGUGUCAUUUGCAGAACUGUGUGGGCUCUUAGAAAAAAUAUCUAAAACUCAUGGUAAUGAUAAAAAGAAAGGUAUUUUAGGGAAAUUCAUAGAAAAAUGGCGUGAUUUCCAUAAAGAACUGCACAAAGACAACCCAGAUACUAGUGAUUCCUUUUAUUCAGCAAUGAGACUUUUGUUACCACAACUUGAAAAACAGCGAGCUGCCUAUGGCAUCAAAGAGCAUAUGCUGGCAAAGCUGUUGAUUGAAGUUCUGUGUUUGGGAAAGGAUAGUGCUGAUUCAAACCGACUAUUAAACUUCAAAGCCCCAAAGGCUGCCAAAGGAGAUGCGGGAGAUUUUGCAGCUGUAGCUUAUUUUGUGCUGAAAAAUCGCUGUCCAGAAAAAGGAACAUUGACUAUCCAGGAAGUUAAUGAUUGUUUGGACGGCAUCGCUACAAACAAUGCAGCCAAGAAAAAAGACCUGGUUCGCAAGAACAUUCUAAAAUUAUUGACCAACAUGUCUGCCAUUGAACUAAAGUGGCUGAUUAGGAUGAUUGUGAAGGAACUGAAGGUUGGACUGAGUCAGACCUCGGUGUUCAGUGUGUAUCACCCUGAUGCAGAGGAAUUCUACAAUGUCAACAACAACCUGGAGAAGGUUUGUCGGAUGUUGAGGGACAAAAGUGUGAGAGUACAUGAGAUUGGUAUAGAAGUAUUCUUUCCCUUUACUCCAAUGCUGGGUGAGAGGGCAGCGCCAGAUCAGGUUGAAAAAGUAAUGGAUGGUAAGCCCUACCUUAUAGAGACAAAAUUUGAUGGAGAGAGAAUUCUGCUGCACAAGCAGGAUGGGGAGUACAAGUAUUUCUCCAGGAGUGGUAAUGAAUACACAAGCACAUUUGGAUCCAAUCAGUAUGAUGGAAACUUGACCCAGUUCAUCCACGACCACUUCCAGUCAUCUGUUAAAUCGUGUAUCCUAGAUGGUGAAAUGAUUGGAUAUGAUGCUGCCACAAAAACAUUUGCAACAAAAGCCAUGAACACUGACAUAAAACAUCAGAGGGAAGAAGGUUAUCAACCAUGUUAUUAUGUUUUUGACCUCAUUAUGCUAAAUGGGCGUGUCCUGACUAACCAUCCUCUCAAGGAGAGAUUGGAAUUAUUAAAGACUGUGUUUACAGAAGAGGAGGGGAGAUUUCACCUCAGUAAGCACACUGAAGGCAUAACAAAUCAAGACUGUGCAGAGGCAUUGAAUGAAGCUAUUGAUGGCAGAGAAGAGGGUAUAAUGAUAAAGAAUCCAGACUCGGUGUAUCGACCAAACACCAGGAAGGGAGGCUGGUUUAAAAUCAAGCCUGAGUAUGUUGGAGGUCUGAUGGAUGAGCUGGACAUCUUGGUGGUGGGUGGCUUCUUUGGAGUGGGUCAUCGUAGUGGGAUGAUGUCACACUUCCUGUGUGCUCUGGCUGUCCCUGAGGAAGAUGGCAGUCAUCCUAAGGUCUUCCAUUCUUUCUGCAAGGUUGGGUCAGGUUACUCAAAAAAGGAAUUGGCAGAAUUUAAUAAGAAGCUGGCAGAGCAUUGGAAAGUCUUCAACAAGAAAAACCCACCCUCUUCUAUUAUUUUGGCCUCAGGUUUUAAAGAAAAACCAGAUGCUUACAUUGAGCCUGAAAAUUCAUGCAUUAUUCAGGUCAAGGCAGCAGAAAUCAUUGACAGUGACAGGUUCAAGACAGGGUUUACACUGAGGUUCCCACGGGUGGAGAAAUUCAGGGAUGACAAGGCGUGGCAUGAGUGUAUGACGGUGCCAGAGGUCAAAGAAAUGAAGGAUAGAGCAGGGGGAAAACUUGCUGGAGGAAAAGUGGAAUUAAGAGAAGAAGAGGAACCAACAAAGAAAAAGCGGAAAAUCACUACACAUGUGAUCAGACCAACGCUGGGGGCUCAAUUCCGAGGGGCAGAUCUAUCAGAUGUAACUCAGACAUCAAAGAUUUUUGAAGGAAAAGAAUUUUGUGUGAUUAAUGGUCCCCCAUCCCUUGGUAAAGCUGCAAUAGAGAAAAAAGUGGUGGAAUAUGGUGGUACUGUAGUUCAAAAUCCAGGUGCUACCACUUUCUGUGUAUUGGCUGAAAAGGUUGUAAUGAGGGUGACAAACUUAAUGAAGCGUGACCUGUAUGAUAUUGUCAAGGUUGACUGGUUCAAGAGAUGCAUUGAUGCACAAAGAUUUAUUCCAUGGGCACCAGCAGACAUGAUUCAUACUUCAGCAAAAACACAGAUGACUCUGAAGAAGGACUAUGAUGAGUUUGGAGAUAGCUACACACAGGACACAUCUCCAGAGCAACUCAAGUACACCUUCCAGCACAUGGAAAAUUGUGAUAUGUCCAUCACAGCAGAAGAAAUGGCUGAACUUGAAGAGAAGUAUUUCCCUGAUGAAUCUCCAUAUGGUUUAUUUAGAACAUGCAGAUUUUACAUGGAUAACAAACUAGCAAUUGGGGACACAUCAACGCAAAUAAAAAAUUCCUCCCUAGAUUUUCUGGCUUUGGAGCUGAGAUUUUUCGGUGGAACAAUCUGUGAUUCUCUCGAUGAUCAAGUUUCACAUGUAGUGGUUGACAAAAGGGAUUUAAGCAGAAUGCAGGAGCUUAAACAAGAAAGGAGGGAAAGAAGAAAAAAGUUCCACAUCGUAACAGAGGAGUGGUUAAGGCAGUGUAUAGAGGAGGGAAGCUUGUGCUCAGAAAGACAGUUUGAACCUUCUUAAUUAUCUCCCUUGUACAAAGGACAUUAAAAAAUUCCUAGAAUGUAAGAGACACCAGGAUGUAAGUUUGUUAUGAUAAAGAUAUGCUUUUAUAUUUGUGUUGUAAAUAUUGAGAGAAAGUUGGUAUUUUUACCAAUCAUGAUUUACUCAUCUAGUGCCAUGCUAUCAAAUGUUUACAAUUAUUAUUUUUGUAAAUUUUUAGUGUGUUACAUGUGUGUUUUAGAAAAGAUAAAAGGUUCACUCACUAAAUCUGAAUUUAAAUAAACAAUAUUAGAUUA